AGCAGGAGUAGCUUCCCCUGUUUCCAACUUCAUCCUCAUCCUCUCAUCUUUCAUCUUUCUCUACCUACCAUGAAACCAAUCAUCACUCUUCUCUACCUCUCCUUGUUCUUCAUCACUCUCUUUCUCACCGGUCAGUCCCAACCAUACACUCCGGUCGACAAUAUCACCCUCGCCUGCGGCAAUUCCGGCCAACCGACCUCCAAUGAUCUGCUCAGAACUUGGACAGGAGAUGUCAACUCCAAGUUCACCCCAAUAGGUAACGCAUCCGAAUCCAUAACUGCACCUCGGUCCUCCACAGCCAGCCAAGUCCCUUACACCAACGCUCGUCUCUCUCGCUCUGAAUUCACUUACACUAUUCCCCUCUCUCCCGGCCAAAAGUUCAUCCGCUUACAUUUCAACCCCGACACAUACAACAACAACUUCCAACGCUCCAACUCCCUCUUCUCCGUCACCGCCGCCGGCUUCACUCUCCUCAAAGACUUCAACGCCUCCGUCACUGCCGACGCUAACGGUGGCUCCCCGCUGGUCAAAGAGUUCUGUGUAAACAUCGAGACAGGACAGAGACUCAACAUCACCUUCACACCAAGCAAAGAUGCUUACGCUUUCAUCAACGGAAUCGAAGUUGUGUCCAUGCCUACCAGUUUUUACUAUACUUCCUCACCUAAUUUCAUUGACACCAGCGCAAGCUCAUAUCCAAUCAGAAACGACACAGCUCUGGAGAUGGUGUACCGAAUCAACGUCGGUGGAGGCCCCAUCGCGCAGGACGAAGACACCGGAAUGUACCGGAAUUGGGACUCGGCCGACGAUAAGUAUUUGGAUGAUCUAAGUGGAAAAUUCAGCGUGCUUCCACAGAACAAUACCAUCGAGCUCAACUUCGUCAGAGUUCCAGAGUACUCUGCUCCGAAACGGGUUUACACAACAGGUCGGUCAAUGGGGAUGAACACAACCAUCAACAAGAGCUAUAACCUCACAUGGAUAUUUCCCUUGGAUCCCAAGUUUUAUUACCUGGUGAGACUCCAUUUCUGUGAGUUUGAAUCUGACAUUACCGAGUCUAGUGAUCGAGCGUUUCAAAUCUUCUUGGCCAAUCAAACCGCAGAACAACUUGCAGAUGUUAUUGUAUGGAGUGGAGCUAAUGGGAAUCCAGUUUACAGAGACUACGUUGUCGGCAUGUUCAUGCCUCCGGUUGGAAGCGAGAAGAAAGUUAAUCUCUAUCUAGUACUGGCAGCGCUACAGAGAGAUUCAUAUACUAGAUACAACGAUGCCAUCUUGAACGGACUAGAAAUCUUCAAGCUCAACGACUCCACUGGAAACCUUGCUGGACCUAACCCUGAUCCAAUAACUCAGGUCGACGCACCAAAGAGUAGUCCUGGUAAGAAAAAGUCUACUCCUAUGGCAGCUAUUAUUGCAGGCGUAGCUUCCGGGCUAGUUGUGCUCUCUGUUCUCGGAUUCUUUAUUUUCCGGCGAGGCAGAAAGGUCAAGGACUCUAGCAGAAGCCAAUCAAAGUGGGGUGUCAUUUCGUUUUCAAUGACUACCAAGUCCACUAAGUCCUACGGUUCAUCUCUGCCGUCCGAGUUGUGUCACCACUUCUCAUUGGCGGAGAUCAGAGCCGCCACGAAUAAUUUUGAUGCUUCCAACAUUAUUGGCCUCGGCGGGUUUGGUAACGUGUACAAAGGUACCAUCAACGGUGCUCCCACCCCCGUUGCGAUCAAACGGCUCAAAGCCGAGUCGUCUCAGGGGGCCCUAGAGUUCAAGACCGAGAUCGACUUGCUCUCCCAACUCCGUCACCUCCAUCUUGUGUCUUUAAUCGGUUAUUGUGACGACGAGGGUGAGAUGAUAUUGGUGUAUGACUACAUGGAAAAUGGGACGUUACGUGAUCAUUUGUACAACACCAAAAGUAUUCCACCUCUUUCUUGGGAACAAAGGCUACAAGCUUGUAUUGGCGCGGCGCGUGGGUUGCACUACCUUCACACCGGUGCUAAGUGCAUGAUCAUCCACCGUGAUGUGAAGAGCACAAACAUCUUGUUGGACGAUAAAUGGGUGGCAAAGGUAUCCGAUUUCGGGUUGUCGAAAAUGGGACCGACGACCAUGUCCAAGACUCACAUUAGCACCGUGGUUAAGGGAAGUUUCGGAUAUCUCGACCCGGAGUACUACCGGCGUCAGCAGCUAACUGAGAAGUCUGAUGUCUAUUCAUUUGGUGUAGUAUUGUGUGAAGUGUUGUGUGCUAGACCGGCUUUGAUACGUACAAAGGAGAAGAAGCAAAUGAACCUAGCUGCAUGGUUUAAGACGUGUUAUGGAAAUGGGACGCUUGACCAAAUCAUUGAUCCAAAUUUGAGGGGUAAGAUUGUGAAUGUGUGCUUGAACAAGUUUGUUGAAGUUGCAAUUAGUUGUAUGCAUGAUAAUGGGAAUGAAAGACCGUCGAUGAAUGAUGUUGUAUGGGCGCUUGAGUUUGCAUUGAAGCUUCAACAGACUGCAGAGGGUUUGGAGUUGGAUUUCAAUGCCGGAAAGAAGAAUGAAGAUGAGGCUCCAUUGGUGAAUGAUAGUGAUGAAAGGUUUAGUGGCAUUUGGGCAGACUCGUCAAGUUCUAAGAACAGCAGGGUGACCAAAACUAGUAGCAGUGACCAGAAUUCUAGUACCAGUGAAUCCAUUAAAGGGUUGUCUGGGACUGUCUUUUCUGAGAUCUAUGAUCCAAAUGGAAGAUGAAUUCGAUCAUAACUGAUCGAUUAGCGAGGCUGUUUUAGGCGGGUAGCGUACUGGUGUUCAAUAAUCUCAAACUCAAUUUGUAAUUAUGUAGUUUGCUUUGAUCAAUUAAAGUGUUCUGUGAUGAACACAAUCUCAACUCAAUUUGUAAUUAUGUAGUUUGCUUUGAUCAAUCCAAGCGUACUGUCAUGAAGUAAUUUUGAACGGGGAUAUACAUCAUUUGCGAAUUUAGCUUAUCUGCUUGGAUUCAAUGUUUGCUUAAAUCAGAAAGUUUAUGGAAAAAAAAAACUGUUAUAUGUG